GGUUGGCAGAGGGACGAGUCUUAAACCGUUAGAUGUCAUCGCAUUGUGUGAACUGAUAGGGGUGUGAUCCAUGCGUUGACAGUGAUAUAUUGGACAACCUUUUGUUUUUGUUUCGCCUCGACGAUUUUCUCCUUCAUCCAAGACUUGCUUAACCGACGACUACACAGUGCGCAGACGACACCAUAGCUGAGUCAGUCCCAUGCUUUAACGCACGCGGCUUAUUUUAAGUGUUUAAAGGCUGAUUCGGGAGGCGACGUGUUUCUAUAGAAACCAGGUAGGAACCCCGCCGUGUCAGUGCACAUAAGGACAGGGUCAUCUGCAGUUUUAUCACUAGUGACACUGUAUUGACUGGCUUUACCGUGGUGAAUAUACGAGGCGAACAUAAAAAAUGACAACAGCGGGUUCGGCUUUUUGUGUGAAUUCUCUCAUCAGCUCGGAGGAGAACGAAGCAUUGCUGCGGAAUCCGGCUGACAUCCCGUCGGCAGGGAACCAGCCGAUCGACUCAAAAUGUGGACUGCUAAUCCCCAAAACAACGGAGCCGGCGAUGGCAUCUGCAGCCGCCCAGGGAAUGAGCCUGCACUCGUCUUCAGCAAAUCUGUACCCGAGCGGCGGCGAUCAAAACACCUAUACGAACGCCUGGUACUACCCGAGCACGGAGCAGAACUAUGCCUCGAUGCAAGUGACUGGACUUCACGAUACAGAGUACGACUCAAAUCCCUACGGAUUUUCAAUUGGAGCACAGAAAAACUAUGACUCCAGUUCCCUGAUGUCGUCCAACUCAAAUUUCUACCCGUUUCAGGCGAGGCAAGGAUACGAUCGCUACCAUACGAAUGGAUACCCGACAACCAACGGAACAGGGAUACACCACGUCGAGUACGGAAAUCUCAAGUACAACACGAUAACACAGAGACAGCGAUAUUCGGGUUCAUAUCCGUAUGAAAACACCAAUUCUUACUCGUCGCCAAUGUCUUCGUCCUCUUCGUCAGCGUGUCGACUCCAGAACUCAAAGACAAACUUGGCAGCUACGAGUCCAACCAGUACUGGCAGUGAAAGCCGCUCGCCAGCCAAAAGCGAAGGUAGCCCCAUCGGCACCAAUAAUAACAACAACAGCACCAAUUCUACAACACCGAAAACAGAAGUGACCAGAAAUUCACCGUCUGAUAUUGGCGACCAACCUACGUGGUUGACAACGACAGCUUCUGGGCGCAAAAAGAGAUGUCCCUACACCAAAUUCCAAACACUCGAGUUGGAGAAGGAGUUCUUAUUCAACAUGUACCUAACGCGAGAGCGAAGGGUGGAUAUCGCGAGAUUACUGAACCUGACCGAACGACAGGUCAAAAUUUGGUUCCAAAAUAGAAGGAUGAAAUUGAAGAAGCAGAACCAACGAAAUGCCACUAUGCUUCACUAAUUAUCAAAGACAUUGUUAAACUUUGAACUUUGAACUAUUUAGUAUUACUUCCGGCGUUGCUGGAUGACUCGCUCUGAUGUUUGAAUUCCGGUGUCGGUGCGCAAAUGUCUUCUAAACACACCGUGUGCACGCAUGCCAUAUUUGUCACAUGACGAACGCUGGAACGAGAUAAACUAUUCAGUAUAACGCAGUCGUAUAACAAUGAACAGAAUGUGCGUGGAGUUGCCAUGGUGAUGUAAAAUGAACUUAUUUUAAAGUGAUGUUUUUCCUGCAUAUUUAAAAAAAACCUACAUGGUCAGAUUAUAAGAGAGGGAGAGAGAACUUUUAAUCAUGUGACUGACAUGUGACUGACAUGUGACUAACAUUUCAAAGACUACUCAGCAUGUUACGUAGUCUAAUUUUAAUUUGUAUUCUUGUUUGUGGGUAUCUUGGGUUAUUUUAAAUUGUACGAGAAUCCUCGUAAUUGUAAUAGUAGUGGCGGCGAUUAUAAUGUGCCCUGGAUGUGUCUAUAUUGGCUUUGUAAAAAAAAUAAAAUAAUAAGUAAAAAAAAAACUAAUCUAUGCUUGUUGGGUCCCUUACUGCCAUAUUAUACACGUAGGUCUUCAAAUAAGCCAUAUAAAGUAAUUUAAAUGCCAUAUAAGGUGUGUAGAUCACCUUAUAUGGCAAAUAGAUUGCGAUAUAUGUAAAUCAAGUUACCUUAUCCGUCAAUGUGACAUGUAAGGGGUAGUAGUUUAUUUGAAAUGUCACGUGACUCUGCACCAUUUAUUUUUAUUCAGGUUUAUUCAAAUUUUGUUUACUUAAAAUGUCGUCUGCCUCCUACGCAUCCCUUGACGUAAUUUGUUUACGUACAGAACUAUGUGAAUAUUUUCAGUUUAACUGGUCUUAAUUAUCGUUUAGAAAAACGUAUAUUUAUAAUUUAAUUUUUGAUAGCGAACAUUUUGAAUUUGUUUAAUGUUUUACGGUCGCUCUUUUGGUAGCAGUAUCGAAAGCCCUUUUUAACAAGGUCACGUGGUCUGGGGGAAUUCAAUGGCUGCUUUGCGCUCGGCUGUACAGGCUAUCAUUACGGGUGUUGCUUUCUUUGUGAAUGGAGGAAGGUUAAAUGUUUACUGUGUUUCUGUUGUUUUUUUCGAAGUAAAGACAUGUUCUGUUUACCUAUAA